AUGGGUUUGACAGGAGAUGCUUACUCCUCCAUGGCACAGUAUCUAACCUCUAAAGGAAUAACUCUUUAUGAACCAACAUUUACCAGUGAAUGGAUCACCGUAGAAGCUCAAGAUGACAAUAAGUGUGAAUUCUACGUCCCUUUUCUGGAUGGUUUUAAAACAACAACCAGACCUGUCAAAGUAAUAGUUGAAGUAAAAGUCGAAGAUGAUGGAGAAUCGUUCAUCUUUAACGCUUUCGGUUCCUCACCACGAGAUGAUGACAAAAAUGAGGAAUAUGGCGGGGUUGUUUAUUUCUACAAUGCAAGUGGUGUGCUUAUUUUCUUGCCAAACAGGUAUCGUGGAGAUGAUGAUGGGAAAGCUGUAUAUCUAGGAAUAAAGGACGUUUGGUACCAACCAACCUCUCAUUCAAACGAGGAAAUUAAAAAUGAAUUUGUUGAUGCGGAAGUUCGAGUAAAGAUGUGGCGAUAUGACGAUUUGCCCCCACAGUACGAUUCUGGUUUCAUAUACACAAUAGAAUCAGGACAUCAAGAUAAAACUCACUUAGAGGUGCCCAUCAAUUUGACUUCAAAUCCAGAUAUGAUUGUAGUCCAAGCUGAACCAAUAACAAUUUUGGACGAAAUGCCGGGACUAAUUGCGGAAGGAGGCGGCGUUCCGGGAUGUCUUGGUUGUGGUGAACAAGCUGGUGGACUGUCAUUUGCAUACAACGCUUCUCAUGUUCGGCUAUGGGUUAAAUUGAACUAUCCGAUAACUAGUGCAGCAGACGGAUGGGGAGACGAAGACUAUCCAACUGAAUACCGUUUAAUGUCCUCGGAAGUGAAAGUCAGGAUUCUCGCCUGGACUUUUGACAAUGCAGUGAACACAUGUCAAUGGAAAGAAACAUUGACAACAGACAUUGCAGAAUCUGUACAAACAACUCCGAAGAUGAUAUUCACGCGUGAAGUGGUAACCGAAGCUUCUCUUGUGAUGGUGAAGAUUCGACCCGUGGAUGGUCCAAACGUAGGUUUCUCAUUUUAUGGCGCUGGUUCAGUAGUGACAUCCGGGAGCUAUGACGCAAGUAAAAGAUACACGGGUCUGGUGUUUGGCUACAACAAUUUUGGGGUGUACGUCUGGAGGGUCAAGCCUACCUCAAGAUCUUUUGUUUUUGAUAUCAGUAGUCCGUGGGGAGGCGGAAAAUAUAGCCAACAAACUAAUGACGUGGAGAUUGACAUUAUCGCUCUUGGAAUGAUGUCAAGAGAGAUUCUAUGUCCUGCGUUAACGGAUCCGACAGAUGGUACUGUUGUUUUAAGUUCCGGUAGAUCUGUCAAUGACGAGGCUGUUUACAGUUGUAAUCCAGGCUUUGUAAUAACGGGGGGUAAUCUCACUCGAACCUGUUUAGACAUUGGAAAUUGGAGUGGUAGUGCUGCAGCAUGCUCAGAAAUUUACUGUCCAUCACUGAUUCCUCCUCAACAUGGAGGUCUCAUACAGAACACCUCUGUAGGUGGAACAGCUUACUUCUACUGCAAUCCCGGGUUUCAGUUAUCUGGUGGAGAUUCAAAUCUCACAUGUCUGGACAAUGGAACUUGGGUUGGAGAUCCUGUAAUUUGUUCUGAAAUAUUAUGUCCAGUAAUAGAAAAUCCAGAAAAUGGCAUCGUUACAUUGUCGAACAACAACUCCAUGACGAAUAUUGGGAUGUCUGGUGUUCCCUUUAACACUAGCGCUACGUUCACCUGUAACCCCGGGUACUAUAUAGCGGCGUCUGUAUCUAUCUUCAAACGCACCUGUCUCGUAAAUGGAAGUUGGGAUGGGGCACCAUUCAGCUGCUCAGAAAUCCUGUGUCCAGAGCUUGAUGAGGCACCAAAUAGCACAAUUACACACAUAAACCGAUCUAUAAAUGGAACAGUGCGUUAUAAAUGCAACAAAGGGUAUAUUCUAGCAAACGGCAGUCUUCAGCGAAAAUGUACUUCUUAUGGAGAAUGGGAUGGAAGACCUCCAAAUUGCACAGCUUUAGGACAGUGCAUGUGUCCCUGUAAUAUGGUGCAUGAGCCAAAGUAUACAAACACUAGUGAUGAAGCACUGAUCAGAGAGAUCGAGAAGAUGCGAGAAGAACUUCUUGUUCUAGAAACUUCGGCUGCUCUGAGAAAAAAGAUAUCUGUGAAAGAUUUUCGUCCUUCUACCAAUGCUUCUGGGAGUGUUUGGGUGAUACUUCUGUUAAUUAUGGCUGCUUUAAUAAUUGUUCCUGAUGUAUUAUCAGCUCUUAGAUAUGUAAAAAUUGUGUAUACAAGACGUCUUAUUUCUAGAGAAAUAAAAUAA